CUUGGGCUCGGGUUCUUCUUCUUCUCCAGUUACACAAGAAAACCGUACCAAAGCUUUGGGUUUUAUGCUUUAUACUGGUUGCAGUGCCCUUUUCCUUGAUUGUUUCGUAGCAAAUCAUGACGUCUCUGUCUCUUCCUCACUCGCUUCCUCGCUCGCCGCCGCUCCUCCAUCCAAACCAACCAAGAAUUCUCGCUCCCUCAUUCAAUCGAUUCCCUCUCUUUCGAUGCUCCGCCAAUCUCAGAAACUCCAAAAAGCACCAAAAUUCCAGAGCCACUGAUCGCUUCCCUACCCCUCGCCUCCCAGCAAAGUUAGAAGUGGAACGAUUUGCGAGCAUUUCUUCUUCGAGUACCCAAGAAACAUCUUCAGUUGGUGUCAACCCACAAAUCUCAGUACCUCCCCCACCCUCCUAUGUAGGGUCGCCUCUGUUUUGGAUUGGAGUUGGUGUUGGGCUUUCAGCACUAUUUUCAUGGGUAGCUACAAGAUUAAAGAAUUAUGCUAUGCAACAAGCUUUUAAGACUUUGAUGGGUCAAAUGAAUCCACAAGAUAGCCAGUUCAACAAUGCUGGAUUUUCUCCGGGGUCACCUUUUCCGUUUCCAUCGGCUCCAGGAUCAGGGCCUUUUGGCUCACCUUUUCCACCUACUUCCCAACAUUCGACAGUAGAUGUAUCUGCAACCAGAGUAGAUGCAGCACCAUCCGCACCAGCAGCACCAUCCUCCGCACCAGCAGCACAAGCCACACCUACCACGCCGACCACACCAGCCACCCCCGCCACUGAUGUCAAAAGUGACUCAGAACUAAAUAAAAAGUCAAACAGAUUUGCUUUUGUAGAUGUCACUCCAGAAGAAACAGAGCAAAAGAGUCCUUUCGAAAGUAGCUUAAAAGAUGUUUCUGAAGCAAGUUCAUCUAAGGGUACCCAGAAUGAUGUGGAAGUUUCUCAAAAUGGAGCUGCUUUUAAGCAGGGGGCAGGUUCUUUCACCGGUUCCCAAUCUACUGGAAAAGAAAAUCCUGCAAUAUCAGUGGAAGCCUUGGAGAAAAUGUUGGAAGAUCCGACAGUGCAGAAGAUGGUUUAUCCCUAUUUACCAGAGGAGAUGAGGAAUCCUACCACUUUCAAAUGGAUGCUACAAAAUCCAGAGUAUCGCAAACAGCUAGAGGACAUGCUAAAUAAUAUGGGCGGAAGCAGUGAAUGGGACAAUCGUAUGAUGGAUUCAUUGAAAAAUUUUGAUCUUAGCAGUCCUGAGGUUAAGCAGCAGUUUGACCAAAUUGGGCUUUCACCUGAGGAAGUAAUUUCAAAAAUAAUGGCCAAUCCUGAAGUUGCUAUGGCAUUUCAAAACCCAAGAGUUCAAGCAGCAAUCAUGGAUUGUUCACAGAACCCACUGAGCAUUGCAAAAUAUCAAAACGAUAAGGAGGUUAUGGAUGUUUUCAAUAAGAUAUCAGAACUCUUCCCUGGGGUGUCUGGUUCGCCUUAAUUUCUGUUCAUGGAUGCUAGUUUCUCUAGUUAAACAUGCUCACUAAGUAAGGGAAUUAGAGCUUUACCAGUCCUGCGAAACUGAACAUGCUUCUCGUUCUCAUGCCCAUGCAUAGCGUGGUAGGCUCAUUUUGCUGCCCUGUUUGGAGAUGAGUUGACACCCUUGUAGCGUAUUGGACGAACUAAAAGUUUCAUGUCCCUUAAUGUGAAAACAAAAUGUAUAUUGGUGUCCGAGACCAUCUGUCUAGCAAACUUUUUGUAAUGUUGGUGUUGGUAGCUUUGUUCAGAACUUUAUGUAGGGAAGUGUGACCAAUUCGGAAUAGAAAAUGGUAGGUUUUACAAGGUUUAUGACUGUACAACAUGUGAUGUUAUGUUUAAGGAUGAUAUUCUCAAUGGAUUCUAUUGACCGUACGUAGGAAAAUUUGAAUAAAAGAUGCAUUCGUCUUAAUGCAA